AUGUCCAGUUUCAAAGACUGUGUGGUGCAGAUGCUUCGGGGGAUCACAGAGUUUGAGAAAGAGCUAAAUUUUGGAGACGCUGCGUUGAGAAUUCACGUAGAAACGGAGGCGGUGGACCUGACGUCUUCCUCUGCGGCUCACGUUUACAGCUGUUUACAACGACACGUCUCCAAACUGCAGGCCGUUUCCCAAAGCCUGAGGGCCGUGCUGGACCCCGACCCCAGUGCCUCAUCCUCCAUUACAUCACCCCCACUCCACUGCCUCACUUCCUCCUCCGCCAAAGAGAGCCAACACGAUGAUGUCAUGGUCCAAAUCCGAGCUGGGAAGUCAGAGAUCGAGCGGAGGAUAUCUGCAUUUAUGGAGCGCAAGCAGAUGGAGAUCAAUGAAAACAAUGUACGAGAGUUUUGCAACGUGAUCGACUGCAAUCAGGAAAACAGCUGCGCCAGAACAGACGCCGUGUUCACGCCGUACCCCGGCUUUAAGAGCCACGUCAAAGUGACCCGGGUGGUGAACACGUACGGCCCCCAGACCCUGAUGGGCUCCAGCGGGACUGAGGGUCCGGCUUCGCGGGGUCCGGCCGCGCCCCAGGACUGCGGCAACGCGGCCAUCGAGGAGCGGCUCCAGAACAUCGAAGCCCAUCUCAAACUGCCUCCAGCCGGGCCGGUGCCUCUCGGUGUUUACCAGAGGAUAAAGAGGUUGGAGGACCGCAUCCUGGAGCUGGAGGGUCUGUCUCCGGAGUACUUCCAGUCGGCGAGUCACCUGCACAAGCGACCCAAGACCUGCCCACCUCAGUCCUGCAGUCUGACGGAGCUGGACGAGAAGAUCAGUGCAGUGAAGGCCGCGCUGCUGAAGAAGGCCUCCAACUUUGGACCUGGAUUCGGCCUGGACUGUUCUUCUCUAUGA